AACAUGUGAUGUAGUGCGAUAUUAUCACCGAGACUGCUGACUGGUUUUCAUCUCACAUUUGAUAAACUGCGGAAUUUUGUAGGGAAGUUGAGCUGCGAAACCGUGACAGGAUAAUAGGGUAAUAGGUGACAGGCUCAGGCGACGAAUCGGGACCAACAAGAGCCGCGGUGUUCGUCAACACUAGCAGCGUCAUGGAUGACUAUGAAUGUCCGAGAUGCAAGACUACGAAAUACAGACACCCGUCUCUGAAGCUUAUGGUGAAUGUCUGUGGGCACUCUCUCUGUGAGAACUGUGUGGAGCUGCUAUUCGCGCGAGGAUCGGGAAGCUGCCCAGAAUGCGAAACUCCUCUCCGACGUAGUAACUUUCGCAUACAGCAGUUUGAGGACACGCUAGUAGAGAAGGAGGUGGACAUCCGCAAGCGGAUUCUCAGGGAUUACAAUAAGAAGGAGUCAGACUUUGACACACUGAACGAGUACAAUGACUAUCUGGAAGAAAUCGAGACAAUAGUCUUCAACCUGAUGUACAACACUGAUGUCGAAGAGACGAAGCUGCAGAUUGAACAAUACAAAAAGGAUAACCAAGCAGUGAUUAAAAAAAACAAAUCCAAACUUAGCCAGGAUGAGAACUACAUUGAUGCUAUGCUGGAAGAAGAAGAGCAGCAAAGACUAGAUAGGAGAAGGCAAGCAUUGGAGGAGGAGAAAAAAGAAAAGGUGGCGAAGAGAAAGCACAAGGAAGAUCUCAUUGAUGAACUGAUGUUUUCUGACCUUCCUGCUGAUCACAUUAUGGCUACUCACACGGCCAAAGUACCGCAAGCAGCCAUGGACGGGCACCGGGCAGGGGCAGCAACAUUCUCUUCAGGCAUCCGCGUGGGAGUGGUUACAAGCGGUUUCCUACCAAUACCAAAGAAAGACGAGGGAGAGGUAUAUCACCACACAGAGCUAUUGCUCACUACACUCGGCCCACCUGCUCCUAACGAAGAAGAUAUCGUCACGGCUGGGUAUAUGAACCAUGUGCGGAGCGAAGAAGAUAAAGAGAGGGCAGGAGGCUACACGUUUAAGCUUGCGUGCGUGCGUGCAUUGCAGGAUGCGAUGCAGGGUUUGUUCUUCACUCCUGAGCCUCACACGUCACUCGAACAAGAAGAGAGCUACAACGACGUGGCGUGAUUGCUGCUGGUGGCUAGGCAUUGAUCUGCCACGACCCGAAUUCUCGCCAAUUCUAGAAAAUAAAAUUCCAAAUCUAUAUACAUACAUUUCCAUCACCUAGUUUUCCUUCCUGUGGCUACGCCUAUAAAUAACCGAUGCAAGUGUGUAUGUGAAAUAGUACGAAUGUCACAUAUUUUUGAUCGCAAUGUGCAUUCCAUGGCUCCCCUGACUAAUGAAUAAGCAGGAGUGAAGCAUGGAAGCAUAAACAACCAUGCAGUUGAUUUUUGGCAUUCAUGUGCAUCAAUCUAAUGGCACUGGCUUAUAAGCCAGUCUAGCCAGCACCUGAAACUUGAUUAGGUAGCCUUCAAUGAAAUUCAACUUGCCAUAAAAAUGCAAUUUAUUAGUUCCGUUUUGAUAUUUUCAACAGGUCAUUACUAUGUUGUGUACCUCCAAUUUCUCAUAAAUUUUUGUUUUAUUCAUAUGGCUAGAACUAUAGUGCAGAAAAAACAAUAACACGUGUAGGGUUUGUAAAUAUUGUAAAUAAGUUUACAAAAUAAAUUAUUUUGAAUUUUGCAUGGAA